UCCAUAUGGCAUAAAUCAGACUUACAAGCACGCACGCCAGAGCAUAGAAAUUGCUUCCAUUCGUUUUCUCCUUGCUGCAUGCAGCGAUAGAGUUUUUGACCUUGUCAAUAAGGCUUAGAGUAGAAAAAGAGAUAAAGAAACAACAAAUCCAGCCGAUGAUGAGUUGGUUGUAAGAAGUGAGAAAUUGGUGACAUUUUCAAGGAUGUUCAAAGCGAUAGUUUUUAGAGGGAAGCCAUGGAGAAGAAAGAGUUUGGCUUUGAAGGCGAGGAAAAGGCUUUAACUAUUAUAAAGUUAUACUUUCUUUGCAAACCUCUUCCCUCAAUAUUGAGUGAAUCAUGUCUCUUCUGCAGUUUAACACAUCUUCUAAUUCAAAUAACUAAGCUAUCUGUAAUAGUGAGAAGGCAGGAUUUACCACCAGGAAGGUUGGAAAGGGAAGAAUAUGAUUUCAAAGCUCUUUCUGUUCUUUCUGCUUGCAGGAGGCCUUCAAGUUGGUCAUGGAGAUACAGAUGCUGGAGAUGCUGCGGCUCUCCGAUCUUUGAUGAACAACUGGAAGAACUCACCACCGAGCUGGGGGAAGACUAAUGAUCCUUGUGACGCACCAUGGGAAGGAGUUGCAUGUGAAAAUUCGAGGGUGACUGCGCUGAAACUGUCAACUAUGGGACUCCAAGGUAAAUUAAGCAGCGACAUAUCCCAACUUUCUGAGCUUCAAUUGCUGGAUCUGUCCUACAAUAAUGAUCUUAAUGGUUCACUACCUUCUAGCGUAGGAAAUCUGAAGCAGAUUACCACCCUGAUCUUGGCAGGCUGCAGCUUUUCUGGAAUCAUUCCACAAGAGCUUCAUAGCUUAGAAAAACUCUCAUUCUUAGCUCUGAACUCAAAUAAGUUCACUGGAAGUAUACCUCCUUCUAUUGGCCUUCUCUCCAAUCUAUAUUGGCUGGACCUUGCAGACAAUAAGCUUACAGGACCUAUUCCUAUCUCAUCCAACGGAUCCCCAGGCUUGGAUCUUCUCAUUAACACUAAGCAUUUCCAUUUUAACAAGAAUCAGUUAUCUGGCCCGAUACCGAGUGGUCUCUUCAGUUCUCAAAUGCAACUAAUACAUCUACUCUUAGAUUCCAACAAAUUUACAGGACAGAUCCCAGAAUCAAUAGGACUCGUAACAUCGCUAGAGGUUCUACGACUUGACAGUAAUUCUUUAAGUGGCCGAGUUCCUUCUACCAUAAACAAUCUUACAGUAGUCAACGAGCUGAACUUGGCCAACAAUCAACUAACCGGAGCACUGCCUGAUCUGACUGGGAUGAACCUCCUCAGCUAUGUGGAUUUGAGCAACAACAGUUUUGAUUCCUCAGAAGCUCCAGCCUGGUUCUCCACGCUUCAAUCGUUGACUACUUUGGUGAUAGAAUCUGGAGGACUUCAUGGUAAUUUUCCAUCCAAAGUGUUCAGCUUUCCUCAGUUACAACAAGUGUUAUUAAGUGAGAAUGCAUUCAAUGGUACUCUUGAUUUAGGUAAUCCCAGCUCAGAGUUACAGAUGGUGAAUUUCCAAAACAAUGCCAUCUCUGGGUACAAAUCUUCUGCAACUUUCAAUGAAAUUCUAAUACUUGUUGGAAAUCCGGUAUGCACUACUCUGCAAGCAAAUCCCAUCUAUUGCAGCCUGCAACAACAAAUGAAAGUUCCUUAUUCCACUAGCCUAGGCCAUUGUAAUUCUGCUUUAUGUUCCCUUCAACAGAGUGUCAAUCCUCAGAGUUGUUCAUGCGCUUAUCCAUAUCAGGGAUUCUUAGUAUUUCGGGCGCCAUUUUUCCGAGAUGUUACAAACAUCACACGGUUUCAAGAUCUUGAAAGUUCCCUUUCGAGUAAGCUAAGCCCUGCUAUUGGGUCAGUGUAUCUAUCACAGUUGACCUUCAACGAGAAUAAUUAUUUGGAAAUGCAACUGAAACUCUUUCAUCCAACUGCAAUGUACUUCACACGGUCAGAAAUUCAGAAACUUGGGUUUUCUCUGAGCAACCAAACUUAUAAACCUCCAGCAGAAUUUGGACCAUACUAUUUCAGUGCCUUUCCAUAUCCUUUUUCAGACAGCAAUGGCGGAAAAAAUUCAAUGAGCACGGGCGCUAUAGCUGGAAUUGCAGUUGGUUGUAUCAUUCUACUCAUUCUACUAAUAGUUCUUGCAAUUUAUGCCAUCGGGCAGAAGAAGAAGGCAGAGAGAGCCGUUGAACAAUCAAAACCUUUUGCGUCAUGGAUAUCAACAACCAAAGAUAAUGGUGGUGCACCACAACUUAAAGGAACAAGAUUGUUCUCAUUUGAAGAACUCAAAAGGAGUACAAAAAAUUUUUCAGAAGCCAAUGAAAUUGGAUCAGGAGGUUAUGGCAAGGUCUACAGAGGUAUUCUAUCAAGCGGGGAACUUGUAGCAGUUAAAAGAGCUAAGCAAGGAUCCAUGCAGGGUGCACUUGAAUUCAAGACUGAAAUCGAACUGCUUUCAAGGGUUCACCACAAAAACCUAGUAGGCCUUGUUGGCUUUUGCUUUGAGCAAGAAGAGCAAAUGCUGGUGUAUGAAUACAUUCCCAAUGGAACACUAAGGGAGAACUUAACGGGGAGAAGAGGAAUACAACUGGAUUGGAUCAGGAGACUAAAAAUCGCUCUAGGCUCAGCUAGAGGAUUGGCAUAUCUUCAUGAACUUGCUAAUCCUCCAAUAAUUCAUAGAGAUAUUAAGUCUACCAAUAUCCUUUUGGAUGAAACUUUGACAGCUAAGGUUGCAGAUUUUGGUAUCUCAAAGCUUGUUUCAGACAGCCAGAAGGGUCACAUUUCCACCCAAGUCAAGGGAACCUUGGGUUAUUUAGAUCCAGAAUACUACAUGACUCAGCAGCUGACUGAGAAGAGUGAUGUUUAUAGCUUUGGAGUGGUGAUGUUGGAACUGAUUACUGCCAAACUACCAAUAGAGAAUGGCAAGUAUAUCGUUAGGGAAGUGAGAUUGAUUUUGGAUGACAUAGAUGAAGAAUAUUAUGGCCUAAAGAACAUAAUUGACCCAAUGAUUGCAAAGACUACAAAUCUGAUAGGAUUCAAGAGGUUUGUAGAGCUUUCCAUGAAGUGUGUUAAUGAAACUGCGGCAUAUCGGCCAACAAUGAAUGAAGUGGUGAAAGUGAUUGAGACAAUGCUACAGAAUGAGGGACUGAAAACAAGUUCCAGUUCUGCAACUUCAUCUGUUACUGACUUUGGGAACACAAUUGGUGCUUAUCAUCCUUACAACGAUUCACCAAGGAGCAAGGACAUGAACGGCGACGCUUUCCAGUAUAGUGGUGGUUACUCAUUUGCCCGAAGAGUUGAGCCAAUAUAGUGGGCUUAUUCCUUUUCUUUUUAAACAAAAAGUCAGUCUUGGCUCUUAAAUUGUAUUUUGUAAGGCCAAAACUCUUCAAUACCAUUCCACACAGUUUGCUGCAUGCCCAUCAAGUUGCAUGACCUUUUUUUCUUCACUUAUCAGGUUUAAUUACCAGUUUCAUGGCUUCUCUUUUAACGCCAAACAUGAUUCGUAUAAGAUGAAUAAGAAAGUGUAUGUGAAGCUUUUUCCA